AUGUCGGUGCCUUCUCUUGAGAGGAGUAAAUCCGGUCGCAGACUUUUACUGCCUUCACAACCUGUUCUGAAGCUGGCUUGCUCCUCUCCUUUAUCUGGGGAGAUCGAUGACACAGUGCCAAAUGUCAGACGCACUGGUGGCGAUGGGGUAGACAGGGAGUUCUGCAGCGUCUGCGUGGACACAGCUGCGGGGGCUUCUGUGACCCAGUUGCAGCCAACGUUGAGACUGUCCAGUAAAAGAACUGCUCAGCCACUGCUUAUGUCCUCGCUGGUGACGGGUUGCCGAGUCACGGGAGUUAAACACUCUCCCAGUUCCUGUGUUGCUAGCAGGAAUGACUUAUUUCAGGACGGCAUCCAUGUCAACAUGGACAGUCGUGAUCAGAGUCUGACCUUUCCUUGCAUUAUCCAUGAACAUGCAUGCUCCUAUUCUAACAGGUCUAUGGAAAUGCAAGACCUAGCAAGUCCCCAUGCCUUGGUUGGAGGCAGUGAUACACCCGGGAGCUCCAAGCUGGAUAAAUCCGGUCUCAGCAGUACUUCCGUCACAACAAAUGGGACAGGAGGGGACAACAUGACUGUUUUAAACACAGCAGACUGGCUGCUGAGUUGCAACACCCCCUCUUCCGCCACAAUGUCUCUUCUUGCAGUCAAAACAGAGCCCUUGCACAGCAGUGAGUCCACUACCACGACUGGAGAUGAAGCGCUUGACACUUUUACUGGGUCAGUAAUCACAAGCAGCGGCUAUAGCCCCCGGUCGGCACAUCAGUACUCCUCACAGCUGUACCCCUCCAAGCCCUAUCCACACAUUCUUUCUACACCAGCAGCUCAAACAAUGUCGGCCUAUGCAGGCCAGACUCAGUACUCUGGGAUGCAGCAGCCGGCCGUCUACACAGCCUACUCGCAGACAGGGCAGCCCUACAGCCUGCCUGCCUAUGAUCUUGGUGUGAUGUUGCCAGCCAUCAAGACAGAAAGUGGGCUUUCCCAAACUCAGUCCCCAUUACAGAGUGGCUGCCUCAGCUACAGCCCUGGGUUUUCCACCCCACAGCCAGGCCAGGCACCUUACUCUUACCAAAUGCCAGGCUCCAGCUUUGCGCCAUCGUCUACUAUUUAUGCAAACAAUUCCGUUUCUAAUUCAACGAACUUCAGCGGCUCACAGCAGGAUUACCCAUCCUACACAGCCUUUGGCCAAAACCAAUAUGCUCAGUAUUACUCAGCAUCGACCUACGGGGCAUACAUGACAUCAAACAACACAGCCGACGGCACGUCAUCGUCAACCUCGACUUAUCAGCUGCAGGAAUCUCUCCAGGGACUGACUAGCCAACCAGGAGAGUUUGAUACAGUGCAGAGUCCCUCGACACCAAUCAAAGAUCUCGAUGACAGAACAUGUAGAAGUUCUGGGUCAAAGUCUCGAGGAAGAGGCCGGAAAAAUAAUCCCUCCCCACCUCCGGACAGUGACCUAGAGCGUGUGUUUGUCUGGGACUUGGAUGAAACCAUCAUUGUCUUCCACUCUCUCCUCACGGGCUCUUAUGCACAGAAAUAUGGCAAGGAUCCCCCAAUGGCUGUGACCCUUGGGCUCCGAAUGGAAGAAAUGAUCUUUAAUCUUGCAGACACACAUUUGUUUUUUAAUGACUUAGAGGAGUGUGAUCAAGUUCAUAUAGAUGAUGUUUCCUCGGAUGACAAUGGUCAGGACUUAAGUACCUACAGUUUUGCAACUGAUGGCUUCCAUGCAGCUGCAAGUAGUGCGAACCUUUGUUUGCCAACAGGUGUGAGAGGAGGGGUGGACUGGAUGAGGAAGCUGGCUUUUCGUUACAGAAGAGUAAAGGAAUUAUAUAACACCUACAAGAACAAUGUCGCAGGACUCCUUGGCCCUGCCAAGAGGGACGCAUGGCUGCAGUUAAGGGCAGAGAUCGAAGGCCUAACAGAUUCCUGGCUAACGAACGCACUUAAGUCUUUAUCAAUUAUUAGCACUAGGAGUAACUGUGUAAAUGUGUUGGUAACGACGACCCAGCUGAUUCCUGCUCUUGCGAAAGUCCUGCUCUACAGCCUAGGAGGAGCUUUUCCCAUUGAGAACAUUUACAGUGCAACAAAAAUAGGAAAAGAAAGUUGCUUUGAACGAAUAAUGCAAAGGUUUGGCAGAAAAGUAGUGUAUGUUGUAAUUGGGGAUGGUGUAGAAGAAGAGCAGGCAGCACAAAAGCACAACAUGCCCUUUUGGAGGAUAUCAAGCCACUCGGACCUCUUGGCUCUACAUCAAGCACUGGAAUUAGAAUAUUUGUAACUGUAUUCUCUAGCUGGGGAUCCAUUUUUUUAUAUUUCAAGUACACUGUAUUUUUAUGUGUGAUCCAAUGCCGCUGGCUUCUUCUACACAUAUAAAUGGUCUUAACGGAU